AAUAUCAUCUCUAAAUUUGGUAAAGCAAUCUGUGUAUGUUGUAGCCGUUAUAAAAUAAACGAUCGUAUUAAUUCAACUGAUUACAGAUCCAUUUUAAAAAAAAUUAUUUGGCCGAUGCUUAAAAGUUAAAACCACUCUCUAAAAACUCGGAAUAAUACUAAUUUAACAUUUUACAACAAAAAAUUAUAAAUAAAAUGUUUUAAAAAGUGAAAGGUUACGGGCCUGCCAGAUGGGCCUAUAGGAUUAAGGGGUUUCUACUUUUUUUUUCUAGUGCGGUAUAAAGUUAAUGCGUGCGUAGUAAACUAAUAAAUUGUUUUCCCCUUUCAGCUGUUUUUUGCUUUUCUCCAUUACAGAGGAGUUUGUGAAGAAAGAAGAUUUCAAUGGCGGACGAUAACACUGUCACUGAAAGCAAAAAGAAGAAGACUACUCCUUCGAUUCCGGCUAACUACAUCAGCAUCCUACAGCUACAGGAGCGUUGGAUCAAUGAGAAAGAGAAGAAGCGUAAGGAAGAAGAAGAGAAACGACGGAAACAACAACAGGUCGAGGAAGAAAAAAAGAGAGAGGAGGAAGAAGAUCUGAAGAUGGAGAAGCGUUUGAAUCGAAGCAAUCAGGGAAGAAAAAAUAAAUCUACGAGCGGCGGAGGAGCAAGAUUUGUCGAGAAGGAGAUAGCGGAAGUAACGGCGGAGGUUGGGAGCGGUGGAGGAGGUGAAGAUACGGCGGAGAUGUUACCGAAGAAGGAUAGGGGAUUUAGGAGGAAACGGUAUGAUAGUAAGAAAAAUAAGAAGAAGACAAAUCAAGAUGUGGCUUUGGUAGAUGAUGAUGUUGUCGUCGAUUCUGGUGGUUGUGGUUCAAUCGCGCCGACUGAUUCCGUCGUGACGGAGAAUUCUACACCGGCGAAAGAUGCGAUUCGAGUUUACAGGAAGAAAAGUGAAAAAGCAACGACGGCCGUAGAAACACAAUUUGAGGAUCUCUCUAUCAAAAGAGAUGAAAACAAGAAUCAUCUCAAGGCACAAACUAAACCGAGUAACCGUAAUCGGGUUAAGCAAGGGAAUGAUUUGGCGCAUUACCGUGUUAAAAUGCCGAUCGGAGCUGCUUCUGCUUCAACAAUGGUGUGGGUGAAGAAAGAGAGAAGUAAUGACGAUGGAAUUGCAAGUGGCGUGAAGCCAUUAAAUGCGUUUGCUCCUGGAAGGUGAACAAAGCGUGACAGUAUCAAUUUGGUAAUAUUCUUUGAUGUUGGUUGAACAGAGAGAUCAUGGUGUACAAAUUUUAUGGCUUUUGUAAAGCGUUUAGUGGGCUAUUAUUAAGGUUUGAGGUAAUUGUAUCCAAAAUGUACAGAAGAAGUAUGAAUUACCAGACCGAUUUGGUGUUAUUA